CCGUAUUAAGACAAUGAGAUCACGUGCUACACCGCAGUGUAUAAAAAUGAAGGACACAUUUUUUUUUCCAGUUAAGGUUCUCUAUCCCGAACGCCACAUUGGAGCUAUGGUACUUUCGUCCGCGCUAGCCGUGCAACCGUUCAUCCAUUGGCACAACCCCGCGUUGAAGCUUUGCGUCACUAAGUAGAUACUGAUAAGAAGCAUCUUUUUUCUUAUCCUCACUCCAAAAUAGCUGACACUCAUGGGCGACAUGGCGAAUGAGAUCAAGCUCCUGACGGGCAAUAGCCAUCCGGCUCUUGCCCACCUCGUGGCUGACCGGCUCGGGAUCGAGAUCGCAAAGACCCUGUGUCUGAACUACUCGAACAAUGAGACAAGCGUCACUAUCGGAGAGUCUGUCAGAGACGAGGAUGUCUACAUCAUCCAGUCCACGGCUCCGGGUGACAUCAACGAUGCUCUGAUGGAACUGCUCAUAAUGGUGCACGCCUGUCGAACCGCUUCAGCUAGGCGCAUCACUGCUGUGAUCCCUAAUUUUCCAUAUGCUCGCCAGGAUAAGAAGGAUCGGUCUCGUGCCCCGAUCUCCGCCAGAUUGAUUGCGAAUAUGAUACAGACCGCCGGCGCGAAUCAUGUCAUCACAAUGGAUCUACACGCAUCUCAGAUUCAAGGGUUCUUCAACAUUCCUGUCGACAAUCUCUUCGCAGAACCCGAUGUUGUCAGAUGGAUACGCGAAAACCUUCCAGUGAACAAAUGUGUGAUUGUCAGCCCGGAUGCAGGUGGUGCUAAGAGGGCUACUUCCAUCGCGAAUCGUCUAGAUCGCCCCUUCGCCCUGAUUCACAAGGAGAGACCCCGUCCCAACGAGGUGGGACGCAUGGUACUCGUUGGAGACGUGGAAGACAAAGUUGCAAUCCUCGUAGAUGAUAUGGCGGAUACGUGCGGCACAUUGGCCAAAGCUGCAGCGGCCGUGAAGGGCAAGGGCGCUACAGAGGUAAUGGCUAUUGUCACCCACGGUAUCUUGUCUGGCAACGCGAUUGAAACACUCAACCACAGCUGUCUGAGCCAAAUUGUUGUCACGAACACGGUUCCACUUGGUGACAAAGAAGAAAGGUGUCCCAAGCUCCGCGUUGUCGAUGUCAGCGCAACAAUUGCCGAGGCCAUCCGGAGAACGCACAAUGGCGAGAGCGUUUCUUUCCUGUUCAACCACACGCCUAUAUGACUUGAUGCCGAAAAUGACUUGGAUGGACACGCAAUGUUAUGUGUUUAUGUUUGCUAAAACUUAAUCCUAAUGCCAGAUCAAUGUAUCAUACUAGUGUAGAUCGAAGGCCUCAGCCACAGGGGGUGUUCCUAGGAAUGUAAGGGCAUCUAAGAUACACUAGCCCGCGAUUUAGAUCGAGCUAUGUGAUAUAAAGCGCC